AUGGCUCACAAACUAGCUUUGGUCAGAAUAUAUGAUUCAAACAUAUCAAGUGUUAACGCUGUCGCAUUCUCGCCCUGUGGGCAGUAUAUAGCAGCGGCACGCCAACCUUACGCUGUGGAAAUAUACAACGUCGAAACAAGGGUUCAUAUCACGUCGUUACGCGAAGCAGAGGAAAAUGCCGCUGUAAGGACAAUUAUAUGGAUACCAAAAAAAGAAGGACUAAUCGGUAAAACAUUGAGCGGAUAUCGUAUAGUAACCAUCGGACUCCAUGCUGUCAUCACAGAUUGGGACCUUGAGCUCCUGUUGCCAGUGAGGUCAUGUUGUUCAUAUGGAGGGGCAAUAUUUGCAUCUGCACUCACAGAAAACGGGACUAAAGUACUCAUAGCAUGUGACGAUGGACGGGUAAGAUCGUUUAGACUAUGGAGCGAGGGGGAUAAGGAAACGAGGGAGCCUGAACUUAGCUUCGACAAAGUAUAUGCCUGCCAUACAAAAAGUAUACUCAGCAUAUGCGUAUUACCAGAUGGAUCAUUCUUUUGUGGAACAGCAGAUUCUAUUAUAUUCAAGCUUCAUGCCGAUGCAGAUGUACCAGCAACCAAAAUUAAGGUACCAGGACCGAAGAAACAAGUAGGACCUGCAACAAAAAAAAGGAAACAAAGUACCUCGAAAUUCGAAGAUGAUGCAGAUACAAGUGCAGAAAUAACAAAAGGUGGAAAUGAAAACCAAAACAAUACCGACGAAAGUGAACCGCAAAUUUGGGCACUUGUAUAUAUCGCAAAACAUCAACUAUUAGCAAGUGGUGACUCGGCAGGAAACGUCAUACUCUGGGAUGUCAAAACAUGCACCAUGCAUAAAAUGUUCACGCAACAUUGCGCAGAUGUACUAUGCCUCGCAGUGGGAGCCGACGGUGAUACUCUAUUCUCAGGGGGGGUUGAUACGCAAAUCACGGUAUACGCUUACAGUGAAAGGAAUUAUAUCAAACAAAAUGUACCUGUGGGAUGGAGAGCAAACGGGGUCAAGUACUAUCACAGAGGGGAUGUUAGAUGUUUUGCAGUACACCCAAACGAUGACCGCAUUGUCAGUAGCGGAAGUGAUGGGAUACUCACCAUAUCAAGGGGUCUAAAACAUCAAAAUAGCAAGAGAUGUAAAACUAAUCUUAUACUGCUCAAUAUACCUAGCUGGGUCUCUAAACCUGUGGUCAUGAGCAGAGAUAAAACACUGGCAUUGUGUAGAUACAGAGAUCACUGUGACCUCUGGUAUAUACCCAAGGAAUCGCAAGAUGAUACUGAAAUGCCAUAUAAACUUGCAGCUAUCAAACUUAAAAAAGAAGGUGGACAAAUUAUAGCGGCACAGUUAUCAGCAGAUGCAAGGUUUAUUGCUGUCGCAAAUCAAAAACAUCUAAGGAUACUUAAAUUCAAUGCCGAAAACUUGGAAAUCACAGCAGGAAAGUCAUACCUGGAAGAUGUAACGGUACAUGCUAUGCAUUUCGUAUCCAACACCAAAAUGUUACUAUCUUACCUCAAAAAAGGGACCACCACGUUCCUACUCUCUACCCUAGACCUGGAGAAUGGGGAAAUAAAACAUAUCGAACACAAUAUCAGGGAUCCUGUAAUCAAGGUAGAUGUAGCGCGAUUCAGCUUUAACGAGAAAUUGGAGAGGACGUUAAUCACGCUUUACAGCCUUGAAGGGUAUGUCUACCUGCUGGACCUCGAAACUUCGGAAAUACACGAACUACCAAAGUUUGAAAAUGGAUACAGGGUAGUAUCCACUAGUGCUAGCCCAGAUUUCAAAUACCUCGCUGUGUUCUCGAAAGGGUCACUGUUCUACUUCUACGAUACAGAGUUGCGUAUCAUCGCUGCAUAUGAUGGUGAAACAAUACACAGAGUACCAAGCAGAAUAUGCAAUAGCAAUAUCCAAAUAUUCAAUGCACUCUGGCAUUGUCAAGGUGAUAUGAAUCGCAUAUUUAUACAAACGUCAAACAAUGUGUACUCAAUCAAAAUCGAGGAAGACCUGUUUGGUGUAGAGGAAAAAACGCCUCGUGAAAAAACAUCGGCACAAAAUGUUGUAGCUAAUACGAGACAGAAGAUAUACAUUGGACCUAGGAAGUUCAGCGAUGUACCAAGGAUCAAAAACUACCUAUUCCAACCACCUGCACUAUUCAGGGUGUCGAUGCAGCAGUUGCAGAAGUUCAAGAACGUUGAAUCGCCGGACGAUGUGGAGGUGGUACAGCAACCACUGGCAAUUGGUAGGUAUAUGGGCAUCAAGAAGUCAAAGUUCCUUGUGCACCUGGAACUAGAGGCGACAGAACAGGGGAUACUGCUUAUCGCCUUCUAUAUGGCACCACCACAAAACAGUAUAUUCCAUAGGAAACGAUACGGAACUUGA